AUGGAGAACGUCUGCACACGUCUCCUGGAGGCCCCCAGAAGCCGCCUCAAAGCCGACGUGCCGGUGGCCGUCUGCCUGUUGGGCGGCAUCGACUCGUCUUCGGUGGCCGGCAUGGUAGCCCACCUCAUGAAGCAAGGCCACCACCUCGGCUCCGAAUCGUUGACCGUGCCCUCCAAGAUGAAGUGCUUCACCGUGCAUUUCGACAAGGGUACCGGCGCAGACGAGUCGGCCGUGGCGCACCGCACAGCUACAUGGCCGGGCGUGGACAUUCACAUGGUGAAAAUGGACGAAGAGGCCCUGGUCGCGCGCUUCGAUGCACAACGAGUACUGAGUACUGUGCGCACAGGCCACAGGACGUAA